UUAGCUUUGAUGGAUCGGUCCUUUAUUUGUCUGUAAAUGAGAACACUGUGCUUCGUCUGUAUUGCGCCGCUGCAAAUGAGAAUAUCAGAUUUAAACUAUCUCUAUUUUGUGGAGAAUUAAGUGAAUGUGUGUGUAUUAUCUUCUAGCAUUGCUCGUGUUUGCUUUCUCAGCAGUGCUGUGCGUUUGAAGUGUUUCUGCUAGAGCCCGAUAGUUGCUCGUUAUCUAACCGGACAGCAGCCGAGCAUCACAGAGAAAGCUGUUCGUCCAGAAUGACUCUGGCAGUGUUCUUUGGCUGUGCUUUCAUAGCGUUCGGUCCAGCUUUCGCCCUGUUUGUGUUCACCGUCGCCAAAGACCCGUUAAGAGUCAUCAUUCUGAUCGCAGGGGCGUUUUUCUGGCUGCUGUCUCUGCUGUUGUCCUCUCUGGUGUGGUUCAUCGCUAUAAAGGCCAGUAACUCACAGGAUCUCACCCUUCAGAGGGGGCUGCUGAUGUUCGGGGUCUUCUUUUCGGUCUUGCUCCAGGAAGUGUUUCGCUUCGCCUACUACAGACUGCUCAGGAAGGCCACCGAGGGUCUGGCAGCCAUUAGUGAUGAUGACGGUUCAGCUAUUUCGGUGCGACAGAUGGCUUACGUGGCUGGGCUGGGCUUUGGGAUCAUGAGUGGAGCGUUCUCAAUGAUCAACAUACUGUCUGACUCUCUGGGUCCCGGGACGGUGGGCAUCUUUGGAGACUCACAGUAUUACUUCAUUACAGCAGCGCUGAUGACGCUGGCGCUGACGCUGCUGCACACGUUUUGGGGUGUGCUGUUCUUUGAGGGCUGUGAGAAGAGCUGCUGGUGGGUCAUCGCUGCAGUCGUCUCUCUACACUUGUUAGUCGCUGGCCUGUCGCUGCUAAAUCCGCUGUAUGAAGGCAGUCUUCCUCCUGUGUACGUCAUUACGCUGCUGAUGGGCGUCUGGGCGUUCUUCUCAUCUGGAGGAUCACUACACAGCCUCAAUGCUCUCUGCACACGCAGGAAGGCUGAAGGGGAAUCUUCAUAAGAUGGUUUUUGUCAUAGCUAGCGAGAUGUAGGACAACAGGACGGCUGAGUCUGUAGCGGCGGUUUGUGAAGAGCACAAUCACCAGCUCAGACCCCGAGGGGAUCCAGACACAUCCCCUCCAGCAUCAGCCAUCUCUACGGGGCCAACGGCCAUCAGACUGUCACAGAAACACUGUAAAUAGCUUGAUCUGAAUGCAAAUCAAUAAGACAGAUCUCUAAUAUUAUUUAGUUUUAAAAGCAUCAUUCAUUGGCUCUUCUUGUGACUGUUUGUGGUUUUGAGUUUUCUUUGCUGAUGUCCUGUACGUUCUGAGUGAAGCCGCUUUAAGGGGUCGAGCGAUCAAAACAGAGCACCAGUUUCAUCCUCUUUUACUCAUGUUAUCCUCAUUAUUAUUAUUAGUAGUAGUAGUAGUAGUAGUACAGAAUAUUUCCAUUUACUGCCGUUAUGUACUCCUUUUGGAACACAUUAUUUGUGUUGUGACAAACUAAUGCACAAGGAAACAUUUCACAUUAUCAAACGGAUCAAAUGUCUUAACCAUUUCUAUGUGUAAUUAUUAUGCAGGACAGAUCGAUGCUUGGUGAUCAAAGUUUUGAAAGUAAUUUUUCAUCAGCCUAUUCAUUUGUUUGAAGCUCAUUUGAUCGGUAUAAAACAGGAAUAACAAAGCAACUGAAACUCCAUUUUCAAUAUAUUUCUGACAAUUGAAUGCAACCUGUACAUAUAUGGACAGGAAGCAAUAUCUGGAUAUUGCAGAAUCCUCCGUUGAUGUUAAUAUCUGUUUGAGAAGUGGUCAGCUGUAGUUAUCUGAGACUUACUCUGUAGAUCUCACACUUGUCUUCUCUGUGAGGAACACUAACAGCUUUAAUUCC